AUGGCACCUUGUGAAGAUUUAUAUGGAAGGAAGUUCAGAUCACCAAUUGGCUGGUUUGAAGUAGGCGAAACUGCUUUAUUUGGACUAGACCUUGUUCUUCAAGCUAUGGAAAAAGUUAAGGUGAUACAACAAUGGCUAGCAAUAGCUCAAAGCCGACACAAAUCAUAUGCAGAUUUGAGUCCACGCUACAUAGGGCCAUAUAAGAUUAUUCAAAGAAUUGGCCAAGUUGCAUAUGAGUUAGAGCUACCUCAGGAGCUUUCAGCAGUUCAUUCGGUGUUUCAUGUCUCAAUGCUUCGGAAGUGCGUAGGUGACCCAUCCUAUAUCACUCCUAUUGAAGAUGUACAAGUUACAGGGGAUCUCACCUAUGAAGAAGUACCUAUUGCUAUUCUGGAUCGUCAGGUUAAAAAGCUAAGGAAUAAAGAAAUGGCUUCAGUAAAGGUGCUUUGGAGAAACCAACAAGUAGAAGAAGUAACGUGGAAGCUGAGGAAGCGAUGA